AUGGUCGAGCAACAACAGAAGGCCCAAGCCGAGAGGAUAGCACAGCAGGCCGCCUUGGUUUCUGGAGGCCGAGCGGUAAUGGAGGACCGACCGAAACAAUACUCUACCUGGGCUCACAACAAGGGGCAGACCGGCACACCAAGAGACGCGCCUCCCGCCCCUAUUCCAUUCCAUUGGGCACUGUUCCAGACUCCGUCGGAGCUGGCCCUAGCCAACCAGGGAUCAUCCGAUGAAGCACCCGUGCGGGACGCCAGAAAGGGGAAAGCGCCGCGUGCAGAGCCAUCCCCCGAGCGGGUCAAUCGUCAGUUCUCUGAGGCGAUCUUGCAAGACCCUCUCCCAAAGCAUUACGCUCCAAUAUCGAUCAGAGAGUAUAGUGGUGCAACCGAUCCGGACGACCAUCUCGGAUGCAGCCAAGAGAAGGCGAACGGACUGACGAUCAGCUUUGGUCCUAGCGACCUCGAGGGAGUGGAAGUGUCGCACGAUGACGCUCUCAUCAUCCGAGCGGAAGACCAAGAGAAAGUCAGUUUUAUCACGACGGACGACAUCUACUGCUACAACAUGAUGCCAUUCGGACUAAAGAAUGCCGGAGCUAUGUACCAACGGCUCAUGAACAAGGUGUUCCGAAUGCAGAUCAGGCGGAACUUAGAGGUAUACAUAGAUGGCAUACUCAUUAAAUCACUUCGAGCGGCCGAUCUGUGCGCAGAUAUAGAAGAAACCUUCCGGACGCUGAGAGCGUACGAAGUCAAGUUGAACCUCCAGAAGUGUAUGUUCGGAGCCAAAGGUGGACGCUUCCUGGGAUACAUCGUUAUCGAGCGUGGCAUCGAGGCGAACCCUAGCAAGGUGAAGGCAUUGCAAGAUAUGCCGCCACCCAGAAAUCUUAAGGAAGUUCAGCGCCUUACCGCCAAGCCAAUUAUCGGCGAGCCACUCCGCGUCUAUUUAUCAUCAACCGAGCAUGCUGUUGGCUCGGCAUUGGUACGGUCGGACGGUGAAGAACAGCCGGUGUAUUUUCUAAGUCACAUUCUGAAGGAUGUCGAAUCCCGCUACACUGAUCUUGAGAAGCUUGUAUUCGCGUUAGUCCUUGCCGCUCGGAGGCUCCGACCUUACUUCUUGGCACAUACAAUAAUCGUUAUGACGAACAGUCCUCUAGGGAGAGUCCUCCUCAACCCAGAGGCGUCCGAACGACUUAUCAAAUGGACAACCGAGCUUAGUGAAUUCGAUAUACAGUACCAGCCUCGAACGGCAAUUAAGGCGCAGUCAUUGGCAGACUUCGUCACGGAGGUAAAAAAUCCCGAGCACGAAGCCACCUGGAAGGUGUACGUAGAUGGAUCGUCCACUCGGCAAGGAAGUGGGGUUGGCGUGUUGCUGGUUUCCCCCCACGGAGAACGAAUGCACCUCUCCAUACGGCUGAACUAUCGGGCAACCAACAAUGAAGCAGAGUAUGAAUUGGUUGCUCAACAACUUUCGGGAGCAUUUGAGAUAAGCAACGUCAGGCUCAAACUUUAUGUGGAAGCCUUCGCCAAACUGAAGGUCGGUUUCCUAGAGGUGGUGAUACAAAAGAUCCCCCACGUGGAGAAUCAGACCGCAGAUGAACUGGCUAAGCUAGCCAGCUCGAUAUCACCGAUCGUCAUCGAGCAGCCAGUCGAGCAGGUGUCUCUGGUCGCCCACAUCAACCGGAUGGAGGGACUCACAUUUCCAAAUGACUGGCGGAUGGCUAUAACAGAGUUUCUGAAGUCAGGAGCAACGCCGUCCGAUCAGUCGGAGGCGUAUAUGCUCAGAAGGAGAGCUGGUCGGUUCGUCCUCAUCGGCGACCAACUCUACAAAAAUGCGUUCUCUAGGCCUCUGCUUAAAUGCGUUGGCCUGGAGGAUGUGGACUAUAUUCUGCAAGAGGUACACCAAGGCUCAUAA